CUAACACAACUCUCGCCUCUCUCUCUCUCUCUCUCUCUCUCUCAACUUCUACUGCUUCUCACUCAAAUUAGUUAAUUUACUCCAUUAAUGGCUUCUAGUCACCAUUUCGCACUUCUCGUUGCGUCUUUCUUUUUGCUUUCUUCUCUCUUCAUCCCUUCCACAGCCACAACCAGGAAGCUCACAGCUCUGGUUCAGCAACAACCACUGGUCCUCCAAUACCACAACGGCCCUCUCCUGAAGGGAAACGUCACCGUUCAUCUCGUCUGGUAUGGGAAGUUCACUCCUGCACAAAGAGCCAUCCUCAUCGACUUCAUCUUAUCACUGGGCCACCACCUCCACGCACCUUCCGUCCCUUCAUGGUGGAAGACGACAGAGAAGUACAAAGGGGGUUUCACUGGCCUCAACCUUGGGAAGCAAACCUUCGACGAAAAUUGCUCUCUGGGUAAGUUUCUGAAGACCCCUCAGGUUGCUCGUUUAGCUCGCAGAGGCGAUCACCGGCGAGCCAUCACCGUCGUCUUCACAGCCAAAGACGUUGCCGUCGAUGGCUUCUGUAUGAGCGAUUGUGGUACCCAUGGGUCAGCUAAGGCCGAUCCGACUGGGAAAACCAAGUUCGCUUACAUAUGGGUUGGGAACUCGGAGACCCAAUGCCCCGGUCAGUGUGCCUGGCCAUUCCACCAGCCAAUCUACGGACCACAGACACCGCCGUUAGUUCCACCUAACGGUGAUGUCGGGGUUGACGGUAUGGUCAUCAACUUGGCUACUCUAUUAGCUGAUACCGUAACGAAUCCGUUUGAUAACGGUUAUUACCAGGGGCCGUCGAAUGCGCCGUUAGAGGCCGUCUCGGCUUGUACGGGUAUAUAUGGUAAAGGAGCGUAUCCGGGUUACCCGGGGGAGCUUCUGGUGGAUAAAACGACGGGUGCAAGUUAUAAUGCGGUAGGGAUCCGUGGGCGUAAGUACUUGCUUCCGGCUAUGUGGGACCCGACUACCUCUGCUUGCUCUACUCUGGUGUGAAACUGAGAUAUACGAAGAAGACGACCUUAAGGUGGUGGAGAUACGUACAUACGGUAGAUGGGUGUGGUCCGUGUGGAUACGGUCACGGAAAGUAUGGGAUGUGAAGAAUGUGAAAUAUGAUGUACUCUUCUUGGGUUUCUUGUUUUGCUCUUCGCAGUGUAAAAUCUUCAUUUCUUGAAGAAGAUGAAAAUGUAACAUAUUAUAAAGUAAAUAUAAUGUUAAAAUUAUUGAAGUAAAAAAAAAAAUCUAUUUUCCAAAAAUCAUAAAAAUGAUUGUAGAGUUGGGGAAAGAAGAAAUAACUAGACGCCUAGGCGCAAUGGUGAACUUACUCUAUUAUGAUUAGUGGCUGUUGGUUCUAAGUCUGGAAACAAUUUUUAGGGGUAUUAAGGGUAAAGUUGUGUAUAUUAUGAUCCUCCUUAGAUCUUAUAGUAAUGAAAGCCUCGAUGUAUUAGGU